AAAUGUGCUGACCUCUAGCGAGUCACACAAGUUUUGUUUUGUUGUUUACAAAAACAAAAUUUAAAAGGAAAAACACAAAUCCUAUCAACAAUAGUCUACCUAAUUUCAUCGUUUAUUUCAAUCGGAAAUCAUGGGUCGUAUUCAUUUGGAACACAUGGGAGGAGAAAGAUUAUUUUCUUGUGCUUCUUGUGACACUGUACUAACUAAUAAGAAAGAGCUUGCCUCAACACGGUUUACUGGGGCAACUGGACGUGCUUAUCUAUUCAAGAAGGCUGUUAAUUUGACUUACAGUGAGGUUCAGGACCGUCAAAUGUUGACUGGUAGACAUAAAGUACGAGAUGUUUCCUGUAAAAACUGCGACAAUAAACUUGGAUGGAUUUAUGAGUUUGCUACUGAAGAGGGUCAACGCUACAAGGAAGGUCAAGUUAUUCUGGAACGUGCUCUAGUUAUCGAAUCUGACGGAUUUGAGGAGAAUCCUCCACCUCUUCCUGAGCAAUGAACAUAUUAAGUUUAUAUUUAAGCGUCUUAUAUUUUAUAUUAUCAUCAACUCUAAUCCAUCUUCUCAUAAAUCAUCCUAAUUUGGCCAAUCUUAUUAAUGCAAUACCUUCGGCGCAAAUUUCAAAAGUAUAUACGAUUUCUCGAUUCAAGCUUCUUUAAAAUCCUUGAGACCGAUUUUUCUUCUUUGACCUUUCAUUUUAUUUCAUAAAUUGCUUAAAAACUACAUUAAAUAAUAGUCAUCUUUUCCACUGCAUAAAA